AUGUACUACAAAGGAAUCUAUCAUCUCUUCUACCAGUACAGCCUAAAGGGAGCUGUGUGGGAUAACAUCGUUUGGACUUACUCCGUCUCCAAGGACCCUCUCAACUGGGUCGCCCUUGACCCGACUGUCUACCUGUCUAAGUCCUUCGACAUAAAUGGGUGCUGGUACGGCGUAGUUUUGGACCUGCCUAUUCUGGGAGUCGAGUCUGGUGUUGAGGAUGACAGGUUUGUUACUCGGGAGGAUGGUGGCAGAUCCGAACCAACACCCAUUUAUGUCGAAGGGCUUGGAUGGGUAGAUGAUCGGGUCAAGGGUGACUUAGCUGAUGAGGUCCUUGGAGAUGGAGUGAACCCAAAUGAUGUUGCCCCACACAACUCCCUUCGGGCCGUACUGGUAGAAGAGAUGAUAGAUUCCAUUGUAGUACAUUGGUCCUAUUUUGUUCGAAAGAAAAGUAGAAUAGUGGGGAAAUGA